UUCCAGGGCCAAACCAAACACAUGAAAGAGACAACAAGCGACCGUCUUCUGAUCAAGGGAGGCAGAAUCGUCAACGAUGAUCAAUCCUUUUAUGCUGAUAUUUACAUGGAAGAUGGCUUAAUAAAGCAAAUUGGAGACAAUCUGAUUGUCCCUGGAGGGGUGAAGACCAUUGAGGCCAAUGGGAAAAUGGUGAUCCCUGGAGGAAUUGAUGUCCACACUCACUUCCAGAUGCCGUACAAGGGAAUGACCACAGUGGAUGACUUCUUCCAAGGGACCAAGGCUGCCUUAGCGGGGGGCACCACCAUGAUCAUUGACCACGUGGUGCCCGAGCCCGAGUCCAGCCUGACGGAGGCCUAUGAAAAGUGGCGGGAGUGGGCUGAUGGCAAGAGCUGCUGUGACUAUUCCUUACACGUGGACAUUACCCACUGGAAUGACAGCGUCAAGCAGGAAGUGCAGAGCCUUAUCAAGGACAAAGGGGUGAACUCCUUCAUGGUUUACAUGGCCUAUAAGGAUUUGUAUCAGGUGUCGAACACAGAGCUGUAUGAGAUCUUCACCUGUCUGGGAGAGCUGGGAGCCAUCGCUCAGGUGCACGCCGAGAAUGGGGAUAUCAUUGCCCAGGAGCAAACCCGGAUGUUGGAAAUGGGGAUAACCGGCCCAGAAGGCCAUGUACUGAGCAGACCAGAGGAGCUGGAAGCUGAGGCUGUGUUCCGUGCCAUCACCAUCGCCAGCCAAACCAACUGUCCUCUCUACGUCACGAAGGUCAUGAGCAAGAGUGCAGCCGACCUCAUCUCGCAAGCCAGGAAAAAAGGAAACGUGGUCUUUGGUGAGCCCAUCACCGCCAGCCUGGGCACGGAUGGGACCCAUUACUGGAGCAAGAACUGGGCCAAGGCGGCUGCGUUUGUGACAUCCCCACCUCUGAGUCCUGACCCAACCACCCCUGACUACAUCAACUCCUUGCUGGCCAGUGGGGACCUGCAGCUCUCCGGCAGUGCCCACUGCACCUUCAGCACUGCCCAGAAGGCCAUCGGGAAGGACAACUUCGCCACGGGGAAGAUGGAUGAAAACCAGUUCGUGGCCGUGACAAGCACAAAUGCUGCCAAGAUCUUCAACCUGUAUCCCCGCAAGGGAAGAAUAUCUGUGGGCUCUGACAGCGACCUGGUGAUCUGGGAUCCAGAUGCUGUCAAGAUCGUCUCUGCGAAGAACCACCAGUCGGCUGCAGAGUACAACAUCUUUGAAGGGAUGGAGCUGCGCGGGGCUCCUCUGGUGGUCAUCUGCCAGGGCAAGAUCAUGCUGGAAGAUGGCAACCUGCACGUGACCCAGGGGGCUGGCCGCUUCAUUCCCUGCAGCCCCUUCUCGGACUAUGUCUACAAGCGCAUUAAAGCCCGGAGGAAGAUGGCGGACCUGCACGCAGUGCCCAGGGGCAUGUAUGACGGGCCGGUGUUCGACCUGACCACCACGCCCAAGGGGGGCACCCCCGCCGGCUCCACCCGGGGCUCUCCCACGCGGCCCAACCCGCCUGUGAGGAACCUCCAUCAGUCCGGAUUUAGCCUGUCAGGCACCCAAGUGGAUGAGGGGGUCCGCUCGGCCAGCAAGCGCAUCGUGGCGCCCCCUGGAGGCCGUUCUAACAUCACAUCCCUGAGUUAA